AUCUGUUUCUCAAGAUGAUCUCUUAUUCCAGCAUUACUUCUUAUAUACUGGGCAGUAGUUGUAUACCAGUACUGUAUUCCAAUAGAAUUUAAGUCUCUCACCACAGAAGCUUGGCUUGGGGUCUAUGCUAAUGUCUCCUCGGUGCUAGAUGAAUAGCUAUUUCUAUUCUCAGACUUUUAACUCUUGAAGAGAUUAAUGUUAGCUAGUUUUAUGUUACUAGGCUUUAUUUUUUGUUCUAUGACUUUAUUGUUCUACCUCUAAACGUAUAUAUCACAGGUGGCAAACUGGAUCUGACUAGUGGACCUUAUCCUAAUCCACCACCACUCACUGCACGCCAGCUUUGACAGGUGGACCUGAUCACCCACCUCUUGGUCACCUGACAUAAUGAUGUCAGGUGAUUUACACCUAUCACAGUCCAACAAUCACUGCAGCCUCUUCUAAAGACACAUGUUUAUAUAUAAUAAAACAGAACUCAGAAGUGCAGUCAAACCAUGGUUCCUGAACGGCUUAGUUGCCAAACAAAUUGGCUCCCAAACGCCACAAACCCAGAAGUAAGUGUUUUGGUUUGUGAACGUUUUUCAGAAGCCGAACAUCCGACGCUGCUUCUGCACUCAAUUGGAAGCCACAUCUUGGUUUUUGAAUGGUUUUGGGAGUCGAAAGGACUCUUGGAACAGUUUAAGUUCGAGAACCGAGAUACCACUAUAGAAAAAAGUGUCCCCCCCCCUCCAAAAAGAGAGAGGCCAAUGAUGAUUUAGCAUGCUCAGUUUCCACCGGCUGCUCAGUGGCUGUUGUGGGAGAUGGAAUGGAAUGGAGUGUGCUAAGGAGAGCAUAGCUGGCUGUAAAAUCAACAGGGCACUCCUCGCUGCAACAUUUUGUUGCAGGUCUCUUUAGUAUUUUUUAUUGUAAGCUGCCAGGGGGGAAUUACAUUGGAGGGCAGCAUAUAUAUUUAUGACAUAAAAUUGUAAGGUUGAAAGGAAGUAAACGGCAGCAGCAGAAAAUGAGAGUUUUUUCCUAGGCUGGAACUAGAAAAGUACAGUCAUACCUUGGGUUGUGAACGUGAUCUGUCCGGGAGGCACGUUCGCAACCCACAGCGUUCACAGCCUGAAGCGCCGUGUCUGCACACUAGUGUGAUUCGAUUCUGCGCAUGCGUGUGACGUUAUUUUUGCACUUCUGCACAUGUACGAGCACCGAAACCCAGAAGUAACCUGUUCGAGUAAUUCUGGGUUCGGCACGGUCAGUAACCCGAAAACGCACAACCUGCAGCUUUGUAACCCGCGGUAUGACUGUAUUCUGCAGUUUUCCUGAUUUGGAUGUUAAAUAGGAACAUGCAGUAUGAAAGGCAGGUUAAAAGACUAAGCUGACAAUAGAUGUGUUCCAUUUAAUUAUAUGCAUUAUGGUUUGUAACAACAUAAUUACACAUAACCGAUUACCAUAGGAUCACAGUUUUAAAUAUUUCAUUGUGGUUGUAUAUAGUUUCUUGUAGAGCUAGGGACCUCUGGAGGGUCUGGUGGUGAGCCAAGAUUUCCAGACUACUUCAGGAACAUGGUAAUGUUAAAGUUGCCGUGUGGUCACAGACUUAAGAUGACCAGCUGUUAAUUUGAUUGAAACAGUAAAAUAGUUAUGGGAGCGAGUUUUAAGUGGCAGCCGCACAAUAAAUGCUCAUCAGCUUAUUCAUUCAGGAGAGAUUUAGAUGGAAAAGGCUAUAAGCUAUCUGAGCAAGGUUUAACAGUUCUUAAAUAUGCCAACUCCUUAAUAUAAUAUACGGGAAUUAAUGAAACGUGAGAAAUCAGCAGCCAGCUUGAAGGCUAUCCUGGAACAUUCUCUGUUUCCUACUGAAGAGGAGCUGCUUGCAGAGCUUGAUGCUAUUAUAGGGAAAAAAGGAACAAGAAUAAUUAUUUGGAACCUUCGAAGAGAGAAAAACGAACAAACAGAAUUUGAUUUCGAUACAGAUAAAUACGAUAUUAGGAUUCCUGCUGAUUUAGAUGAAAUAACAGGGAGAAGAGGGUAUAAAAAACAAGAGAGACAAGAUCAGAUUGUUCCUGAAAGUGAUUAUUCAUUACGGGCUUAUUGCAGUAUCUUAUAUUUAAAACCAAGGAUGCAAAUAAUUAUAAGAGGACAGAAAGUACAAACGCAACUAGUCUCCAAAAGCCUUGCUCACAUAGAGCGAGAUGUUUACAGGCCGAAGUUUCUGGCUCCCAAAACCGUAAGAAUUACUUUUGGAUUCAACUGUCGAAAUAAAGAUCACUAUGGAAUGAUGAUGUACCACAGAAACAGACUAAUCAAGGCUUAUGAAAGAGUAGGCUACCAGCAAAAGGCAAACAACAUGGGAGUAGGUGUAGUUGGGAUUAUCGAAUGCAACUUCCUAAAGCCAACCCAUAACAAACAAGAUUUUGAUUAUACUAAUGAAUACAGGCGUACAAUGCAAGCGCUUGGUGAGAAGCUAAAUGAUUACUGGAAUGAGAUGCAAGCAAAGAAACUGGAUUAUCCUCAAGAAGAGAUGGUUGAAGAUUCCCAGAAUCGCCCUGAUCAAACCUGGGUUCAGUGUGAUUCAUGUCUAAAAUGGAGGAAGCUUCCAGAUGGAAUGGAUAAAUUGCCAGAGAAGUGGUAUUGUUCAUACAACCCUGAUCCUCAGUUCAGAAAUUGCAAUGUGGAUGAAGAACCUGAAGAUGAUGAUUUAUUAAUUCCAUAUGAGAAAAAGUUUAAGAAAAGAGACAGGGAGAAAUUAAAGAAAAGGAUAGAGCUUAGCCAGCAGAUUUAUAACGAAAUGUAUUUACAAACAACGGCUGCCUUGUCCAGUGCAACUCCGUUAUUGAGUGAAACUAUUCCAAUGUUUCAUGCAGAAGCUUCAAACGUGUCGCUUACGAGACCUCAAAACAAAUCAAACAGCACACCAGUAUCUUCUCCUCAUUCUGAUCCUGAAAAUAGCCUUAAACGAAAACUUUCUAAUGCUGAUGCACCACUACCUUUUAAGAUCACAAAAGUGACUAGCCAAGCAUUUGAGAAAAAGAAGCAAGAUGAUGAUGAUGUUAUCAUUUUGGAAGAGAACAGUACUCCAAAACCUGACGCUCUGGAAUGUGACAUCACAAUAGUAAAAGUUGAAGGUGGGGCUGAUGUUGAUUUCAGUAAUAUUGAGGGAGAAAUUUCUAUGAACAGAGAUGCUUGUUCAGAAACAAAUGGUUCAAAAGGAACUACAGCAACACAAACUGAAACAGAGGAACUUGUAGUAAAAAAGGAAGAAGCUGAGGGCAAUGCAGAUAAUCAGCUGUCCAGAUCAGAACAUGAAAUAACACUUACAGAACAUCUUCAUGUUUCAGAGGCUGAUAUUGUGAAUGCAGACAUUAAGAUAAAUGAAUUAAGCCUUCAACUGCUUUCAUCCAACAGUGAAAAAGAAAAAUAUCAACAGCAAUGUGAUACAUUGGUUAAAGAAUUAACACUGUUAAAGCAAAAAAUAAUGGAUACAAAUGGCAAGCAUGUGCAAAAGGGAAUAUGUCCUCAGUCCACAGAAACAAAAAGUAUAAUAUCAGAUGCAGAACUCAAAAAAGUUAAAGAAAAAAGUAAAGAAGAGAUAUUCAUUCUGUAUGAACAGGCAUUGAAAGAGAUGAGAACACUGAAACAACAGUGUGAUACUCUGCAGAACUUAAAAUCUGAAUGUAGUAAAUGUAAAAACAUUGAGAAUAAAAGUGAAGCAGAUGACAUGGCUGUGCAACUGGGUGAUGUUUUCAGACAGCUGGACAAUUGCAGCAUUGAAAGAGACCAAUAUAAAAAUGAGAUUGAACUACUGGAAAUGGAAAAAACUCAGCUGGGCCUUCAAUGUGAGCAGCUGAAAGCAGAACUUGCAGAGUUAAAAACUAAUGGAGAAAGCGUGAAGCUGCGAUCCCUGCGAGUUAACGUGGGACAGUUACUAGGAACAAUAAUGCCUGAACUUAAUGUGCAGCAAAUCAAUCCUGACAUUGGCAUAGUCGAUGAAAUUCUAGGGCAAGUUCUGGAGCAAUUGCGUGAAAGCACUACUUAAUUUUGUUUCCCCUGCAAUCUCAACAUACCUUAUUGUCAUGUUUCCAGCCUGUAAAGACUGUUCAUUUUAGUGCCAUACUACACAUGAAAAGUGGUCUGGUUUCCUUUUAGGCUUCUGCCUCAAAGGGGCUGCUUUUUAUUGGAACUGCAGUUUCUGGGGUGGGGGUGAGGGUAACAUUUUCCUUCCGUACUGUGGUUUGUGACAAAAAUCACCCUUCCCCUGCAACAGCUAUUAGCCCCAGAAGGUAAGCUACUGGCAAGUAGCAUUUCCCCCCAAAUUACUAGUAUUUUAUAGAGGCCUGUGAGUAUUUCUAAACUUUGAUAAAUGAUUAUGUAUUAUAAGCUGAAUAAAAGUAUUGUAAAACAAAUGUUAUGUCACAGUAUGUUUCUAAAACAAAUAUCAACUCAUGUUCUUAAUUUUGAUAAAGUUGUCAAAAAUUACUAUAGAUAUUAUGUACCUUUUUCAUUUUCUUGAAAGCAACAUUUUUCCAAUGAGUGGUUAUUGAUAUUUCAACCUUAUAGUGUAUAUGCUAGUUAAGGGUAUUGCAAACAAAUUAUUUCAAAUUAUACUGUUUUGUUUAAUUAAAAGAUAACAGUUUUUCAAAAUAUGGCCAUAUAGUUCUAAGGAGCAAUUUUUACAUACUUUUUUCUUUAAUUAUGUAUUUGUUUUUCAUUAUUCUCUGAAUGUACUGUACAGUCUGGGUUGAAAAAAAUGUGACUCUAUGGAGAAUAUUAUUUAAAUUUAUACUGUACAUUAAUACUUUGAAGAAAAGUGAAUAAAUGUAAAUAUUUUUUUAUUUCCAUGAA